AUGCUUUCUUGUCGCUGUUUGGCGCCCUUUUGGGCCCCAAAAAGGGGCCCGGGGGGCCCCCUUUCGGGGGGGGCCCCCCGCGGGCUUCGCAUGUACCCUCCGCCCCACAACAGGCGCAUGCACAGACACCCGGACCCUGCAGCAGCAGCAGCAGUUCCUCCUCCCCACAUUCCCCUGCCGCCGCCUGCUUCCCAUCAGCAGCAGCAGCAGCAGCAGCAGCAGCAGCAGUGGCAGCAGUUUUCGUUUGCAGGCGUUCCAGCCUCUCCGGCUGCAGUGGCUGCUGCGGCUCCCACCCCCGGCUGGCCCCCGGGGGGCCCCCUUGGGGGGCCCCUGGGGGCCCUUCUGGGGGGACCCCUGGGGGGCCCCCUGGGGGGACCCCUGGGGAGCCCCGGGGGGCCCCCAAAGGGGCCCCAAGGGGGCCCCGCUUUGACUGAUAUUAUUAAGGGCCAUGUGGCGGCGCAGCGGUGGAUGCAGCAAAGGAUGUGGGGGGCCCUGACGCGGCGUCAGUGGCCGCUGUUUGAGCGUUUGUUUUCGAAUUACUGGCGCUGCGGGCUGAACUAUGACGAGGUCACGUACACCCUAAAGCUGCAUGCGUACAUUUUGAACCACCGGGCGAAGCCCGAAAAGGCUUUUCUGGUUUUGGAAGAAAUGAAAGCAGCAAAUAUGCACCCGGCGAUUGUGCGGCUGAACGAGGUGCUGUCUGGGAUCGUCGUCUCCCAGAUGGAGCUGCAGGACAUUUUCUGCGCGCUGCCUUCGGCGGCUUACCAGAACCUCGCGAGGCUUUCUUUUCACAGUUCUGUGAAAGUCCAAAGACAGAGGCGCAUUCGGCUGAGGGAGAAGCUGAUGGCAAUGCCUCAAGACGAACUCUUCGCACUCACCUACAAAGACGUGCUGGCUCUCUUGGACUCCACGGAGCGCUCACUUUGCUUCCCAGAAGCAUCUCUGAGUCUCAUUGCUGCAGAAGAGCCGGCGGAGUUUGCUGCCAUUCCAGGUGUACGUACACCUGAAAACCAGCCCCUUAAUGCCCCCCUCUUGGCUGCACUGACGGAAGCUUUAGGCCUUCAAGAAGAACUUUCUGAGGGCAGCGCAGCAACGAGCCACGAGCUGCAGCAGCUGCAGCAGCUGCAGCAGCAGCACGAGCUGCAGCAGCAGCAGCAGCUGCCGCUCGCAGAGCUGUCCAGACACUUGAGCGACCUCGACGAAGCAGAUGAGGGGCCCACUGAUGGCGCAGAGUUGGAGUGUAUGUACACCUCAGACGAGGCGAUGGGAACCCUCCCAGGGCCCCCACCAGCUGCUGCUGCUGCAGCGGCAGCAGCAGCAGCAACAACAGCAGCUGCUGCUCCUCCGUUGCUGUCCGAUCUGCAGCCUCUGAAGCCCCGCAACAGCCGCAGCCGCGGCAACUGCUGA